UAAACGUCAGUGUCAGAGUUGAAAGGACAAAGGUCGUCACUCAGAAACAUGGCUGCUCCCCUGGAUGACAUGUUUUCCUUCUGCGUGGACCCCGGUAAAGUGUCCACCUGCGUGGAUGUCCGAUUUAUAGACAAUAUUAAGGGUAAGGGUCUCUUCGCUAAAAAGAGCAUUAAGAAGGGAGACACCAUUUUUUUGGAACGGCCUCUGGUCUCUGCCCAGUUCCUGUGGAAUGCUUUGUAUAAAUAUAAAGCCUGCGAGUACUGCUUACGUGCUCUGGAGACUGCAGAGGAGAAUGCGAGGAGACUCAGCGGCAACCCUGGACUCAGCCUUCCUCACCCGGAGCUCUGCCGUGUUCGACCAGAGCUGCACCAAGCCUGCCCUCAAUGCCAGGUGAUGUACUGUAGCAGCGAGUGUCGACAAGCUGCCGCUGAUCAGUACCAUCGAGUUCUGUGUUUGGGUUCCUCCCAGGACGAUCCGGACCACCCCAUCAACAAGCUGAAAGAUGCAUGGAGGAGUAUGCAUUAUCCCCCAGAGACUUCCAGCAUCAUGCUCAUGGCCAGAAUGGUAGCUGUGGUCAAACAGGCCAAAGACAAAGCACACUGGCAGAAGCUGUUUUCACACUUCUGCAGCCGGACAGGUAAUGAGGAAGAGGAGAUCGCCCAUAAGCUCCUGGGAGAGAAGUUCAGAGGGCAGCUGGUCUUGUUGCACAGCCUUUUUAAAUCAGCACUUUAUGAUGAGCAUCUGAGUCGGUGGUUUGUCCCUGAGGGUUUCCGCUCUCUGUUCGCUCUUGUGGGAACCAACGGACAAGGCAUCGGUACCAGCUCCUUGAGUCGGUGGGUUCAUGCCUGUGAUGCACUUGAGCUUCCUGCCCAGCAGAAGGAGCAAUUGGACUCUUUUAUCGACCAGCUAUACAAGGACAUUGAGAAAGAAACGGGAGACUUUCUAAACUGUGAGGGCUCUGGACUUUUUCUGCUUCAAAGCUCAUGUAACCACAGCUGCAUUCCCAACGCAGAGGCGUCCUUCCCUGACAACAAUUUCCUGCUUCAGCUCAGUGCCCUUAGUGACAUCAACCCAGGAGAGGAGAUCUGCAUCAGUUAUUUGGACUGCUGUCAGCGGGACCGAAGCCGUCAUAGCAGACACAAAAUUCUGAGGGAGAACUACCUGUUUGUCUGCUCGUGUCCAAAGUGCGUCUCCCAGAUGGAUGAGCUGGACAUGACAUCAGAGGAGGAAGAGGAAGAAGAAGGCGAGGCAGAAGGUGAAACAGAGGGGGAUGAAAUGGAAGAUGAGAUGACAGAUGUCUGAUAAAAGACUUGCCCAUAUUGUUUUCAGCCGUUCCCUUUCCUGCCACCACGCUAAGCAACCUAAGGAAUAAAGACCAGUUCAAACCAUGAUCUGCAUCAACUGUCCAAAUGUGUGAAAAAUGUCUUAUCAACGCAUUCCACUCAUUCUUUGUCCAGUUUUAGAGAUCAACCACAGAACACUGUGUGUCAGUAUUGGGGCAGUGACAGUUUUUGUUGUUGUUUUCGCUUUACUUCAGCACACUGAGGGGUUUGAAUAAAUCAAAGAGUAUAACUUUCAGGCUUUGUGGGUGAACAGAUAAGGAUUGGUAGGUUGUUUUGUUUUACACUUGGGGACUAUGUAUAAAAAGGCUGACAUUUCUGAACAGUUUAUUGAAUGUGGAUGUAAACCUUUUUAAAUCUACAUUAAUUAAAACACAUUCUGGCCACUUGGGGGCAGCACCACCAGUUGUUAUCUUUGAUAUAUCACCUUAUUAAAGAGUAACCAAACACCCCUUGAAAAUCUUCUGCUCUACAAUGGUUGAAUUUCUCACCUUGCUGCAGUGAUGUACAGGUGUACUCCAGUACACCGUGACAUCAUCUUUGGGUGUGGUUACAGGUGCAACAAGAGCACAUUUCUCACUGCACCUAGCGAUGAGAAUGACUCAAAACAGUAAAGUUGGGGGCUGCAAAAACAAUGAGCUGAAAGAGUCUAAAAAGCUGAGGGUAACUGCAGCUUUAAGUUAAAGCUGAAAGUCAGUACUUUAUCGUAGAGCUUUGAUUCUCUGCCAGACCCAGACCAGGCUGUUAAAUUCCCCAAAUUCCCCCGGGUUUUAAUCGGGGCAGGUUCACGCAAAAUCCCUGUUUUUAUUUUUUUAAAUGUUUGUGUACCACUGUGUGUGACUGCCAUCUUCUGGAUAUCAACAUACACGCAUGGCUAAAAAAAAAAGCACACUGGUAGAGAAUAUUGACAUUUGUCUCAAUUUAUUUUUUGCUGCUGUUCGAAAAUCAUGACACUGACAGCAGUUGCUAUCGUUUAAUCCAAUGUGCUGAAGUACAGAGCCAAAACAAAACUACUCACCUAUUGCACCGUGUCUGACCUUCAGGUCCACUAAAGUCAAAGAACUGUUAUUUCUUGUUCCUGUCAAGUCUUCAACAAGGCAAAGUGAUUAAGCUGAGGUCAAUCGGUUCGCAGGUGUUUUUCUCCACUUAAGUUUCUUACAUUACUGCAUUGAAAGAGGCUUUUUAUUUACUUUCUGUUGUAAUUACAGUCUUGUCAUAUGGGAGGAAUCCAGCCAGUGAUGAAAUAUAGUUUGGUUUUCAUACAAUGAUCUAUGGGGUUAAGUUAAACCUUAAUGUAUUAUGGAGACCUUGAGUGGAAAAUUGCUUUGUCAGUAACUGUUUGCCCUUUGUUGAGAACUGUAUUUCAAACCGCAGUUCCACAUGAGUGAAAUUGCUGCUGCCCACACAUGAAUCAAUAUUAUGACUGUAAUCACAAAUCCCAAUAAUUUCUAAAAAAAAAAUGUACUAGACAAAGAUUGAAAAUAUUGAAUGACUAAUCCCAAUGUUUUCAGUUGGCAUUCAGUGCAGUGGCACAGGAGAACAUGGCUUUGUAAGUCACACAAGUAUGAUUUAAAAAUAACAGCAGCAAACAGGAGCCUAGCAUUGUCGUUUUUACUACUCUAGCAUAAACCAUUGAAAUUGAAUGUCAAGUCAUUCAUCAGGUUUACACACCUCCUGCCUUUGCUACUGAAGACUGUACUGGUAAAAUAUUUGUUCAGUCUUUGCAUAUUAAAUACAAAUCCUU